AAAUGGCUGACUGAUAGAAACCCCCAAUUUACGAGAAAAUUGAAGAUAUAAAGGAUAGCUUUAAACAUGAUAAAUGAAAGCAGUGAGAUUAAGAAUUGGAUGUUGGAAACUCACAGAAUUCGAGUACAAGAUGAUUGGUUAGAGGCAUGUAUAGAAUGGAUUAAAGAAGAACAACAGGAAACAAACACAGAUUCUAAUAUUGAAAAUGUGAGAAAUCUUGUGUUUGAACAAUGGUUGAUGUCAGAUUUACGAGAACUCAGUAGUCAGUGUUUACCAGAAGGAUUAUCUAGUCAAAUCAAAAUUGAAUUAAAUGGAAACUUCCCAUUACAAAUUGAAUCUAUUGUUGAUGUGGGUACAUCAUGUUAUUCUCAACUACAGAAAGUUCAAGGCACAGAAAAUGCUAAUGUUGGCCUUUCAGCAGAUACAACUCUACAACCAGCUUGGGAGCCUAAACCAAGUAAAAUGCUAUAUUUCAAGUUAACUGAUGGAACAAAUGAUAUACAAGCUAUGGAAUAUAAACCUUUUUCAAGUCUCAAUACACAAACUAUACUAGGUACAAAGAUAUUAGUAUAUGGUAGUGUAAUAUGUCGGCGUGGAGUUCUCUUAUUAAAAGACGAUAAUACUCAUGUGUAUGGUGGAGAAGUUGAUUCAUUAAUAGAGAAUAAUCCUCCAGAAAAAAUACUUCAGAAAGCAUUGUAA